UUCGAAAGAUGUUUGCCUCUCGAGCCUGCCGCAAAUCUGUAAUGAUCGGAGAUGCAUUAUCAUGUCAACAGAUGGAAAAGAUUGUAAGGCAUAUGGGUGAAAUUGAUCAACCAUGGAAUUGCCCUCAUGGUCGACCAACUAUGAGGCAUCUACUCGAUUUGUCUCAAAUUCAGACUUAUCCUCCAUAUUCUAUGCGUCAGCGAACUAAUCAUG